AUGGGUUCUUCUUCGAGGUUUAGCAAUGGCUAUAAUCUUCAAUUUUUCUUCUUGUUCUUAGUGCUGGUAUUUGCUACAACUUACUGCAGUUGUAAAGUAGUGGUUGAUACUCCUCUGGUUGAGGAGAAUGAAAAAGGGUCUGGUAUUCUCAAGGAUUCAAAUGAGAAAUCAGAGCAAAUUAAGCACAAGAUUGAAGAAACAUCACAUGAAGCAAAAGAAGGAACCGAGUCUUGGGGAAAAGAAAAACUGACAGAAGGUCUAGGAUUUAAACAAGACUCAGAUGUGAAAGAAACAACAAAAGAUGUUGCUGGAAAAAGUAAAGAAAAAGCUCAAGGAAUGGCUGGAGAAGCCAUGGACAAAGCAGGAGAAGCAAAAGAAAAAUCCAAACAAAGUACUGACUAUGUGGGUAAUGUAGCUGCAAAUGGUGAAGAAAAUGCUCAAGAAAUGGCUGAAGAAGCGAAAGAUUCUGCAAAACAAGGAACCAAUUAUGUGAGUGAUGUUACAAAGAAUGCGGCACAGGGAAUGGCAGGUGAAAGGAUGGAAAAAGCAAAGCAAGGAAGUGACUAUGUGGGAAGUGUGGGGAAGGACAAAGCACAAGGAAUGGCAGGAGAAACGAUGGAAAAGGCGAAGCAAGGAAGUAACUAUGUGGGUAGUGCCGUGAACUCAGGGAAAGAGAAGGUGCAAGACAUGACAGGUGCAGCAAUGGAAAAAGGAGGGGAAGUGAAAGAAUCAACAAAACAAGGGACUAGUUAUGUUGGAGAAACAACAAAGAAAGGUGCAGAAAAGGUUCAAGAAAUGGCUGGAGGAGCAAAGGAUAAAGCGAAACAAAGUGCAGAUUAUGCUGGUAAUGUUGCAAUGGAAGGGAAAGACAAAGCUCAAGAAAUGGCAGGGUCAGCUAUUGAUGAAGCUGAAGAGCAAAUUGAAUGGGCAAAAGAAAAGGCCAGAGGAAGUUUUGAUGCUGCUAAAGCUAAAGCUGGUGAAACCAUGGAGAAAGCUAAAGAGAAACUUUCACCUACUAAACAAAAAACAACACAAGAUGGCAAAAUUCAUGACGCCGAACUCUGAGAAAUCAUAUACAACACCACCAAUGCCAAUGUGCCAUUAGUGUC